AUGUCCUUUAGCACCGCCUUCCAGUCGCUUCGCGCUCCAGCGAGGUCGAUAGCGUCCGCGCAAGGCUUACGUCGUCCAGCAGCAUCCUUGGCAUCCAGAGCGAGCUCUACCAGCUCGAGCAAGGCACCUGUACCGACACCGCACGUCCCGCAUGGACACCUGCACCAAGGCGUAGCUGGCCCCUCUCGCUGCUUCUGCACCUCGCACAAACUCGCGAAAGCUUCGGACCUGCGCUUGGAGGAGCUGCACUUUCAUGACUCGCUCGACACCUGUCGAUAUGCACCAGAGCCAUACUGGCAGCCUGCCAAGCCUUCUACACCGAACUUCCGCUCGGAGCAGCACACCCGACUGGCGACACAGUAUGAGAUCGCGGAGCCAGCAUCAUUUCGGUCGCUGCUUGAUACCAAUUCGCAGCGAGCCGACACUGACCCUCCACCAAACGACUUCUUCACAUCAUCAGCACCGCAACAUACGCGCCACUCCCACACUGCAGUGGCAGAAUCAACAACGCACCAACAACCAGAUCAUGCCCCAGCUGCAGCAACAACAGUCUCCUACAUCGACUCACUAGAUCCCACACGCAGAGAUGCUCUGGAUAAUCGCGUACGGCUGCUGAUCCGAUCAGGCGAGCACUCGAUGACCGCCCUGGCUGCAGAGUAUGGCGAGCUUGCGCCCAAAGAGCUGGAACAAGUCUGCUGCCAUAUCAUGUCAAACUGCAUCAAGGAGAAGCACGACGCUCGUAUCCUGUGGGAUCUCUAUCGUUCCUGGACACCUCCAACACCAUCAGCUAUCGCUGCUGUACCCUCUGGUCCAGUUCGGUCAACACUUCGGCGCAUGCAGGGCGACACACUCUAUCGCUGCUGCACCUGUUUGCAUACUGCUGGCAUGACCCGUCAAGCUGCGAUCGCUAUCCGUGACGCUCGUCUCAAGCCGUCACAAGCUCGCUACCUUCUCGAGAGACUCGUUUACGAUCUUACAAUGCCGCCAUCUCCCAUUCCCUCGACGAAGCGCCAAUCGACUAUGUUAGAGCAAGGCAACAGCGACCCGGCUAUAAAGCACGAUCCUGACACCUUCGCUGCAGCCAGACUCGUCGUAUCAGAAAUCAGCGACACAAUGAUGAACCUGAUGGCCCAUGGAGUCUCGUUCAAGCAAAAGGUAGUCGACCGUACGCUCAAAUCGCUAUGUCUUACAAGAGCGAGAAGUCGAAUGGUUCGGCUAUUGCGUGCGGCUCAGCGUCGGGCUCAACUUGACUUGCUCGCUGAUAACCGAAAAAAUCUCGAGGAUGGAGGAGGCGAGAUGCGUCCUGCUCCUGCAUUCUCGCCCUUACGAAGGAUGGAAGUGGAAAAGGUGCCACAAGUGGUGUCUACAAAAGUCAUGGAAUCUUCAAUCCGUCUUCUCUGCCUACUGGACUCAAGAGGAGCUCGAACAGCAUACGACCUUCUCUCUGCCCUCGAUCCAACACAGCGAACAGCAGGAAUGUACGAUGCUCUCAUGACGGUCUACGGCAACGUCUCCACCGAUACGGCGAACAAGGAGGGUGUAGGGUGUAUGGCAAUAGACGAACAGCUCUGGCACGACAUCUGCACAUUCCCACACCUUCCCGGCCCAUCUCUACACACCAUAUCAGCACGCAUCAUCUGCCACACUCGAAGACGCGAGUUCGGCCUCAUCCAAUCCGACCUGGCAUUCCUCCGCUCCCAAAACCUCGGCACCAUCCACGAGCUUACAGAGAAUGCAAAAUUAAGCAUCAUUCGAUGCAGCAUCGAAUCAGGUUCCCUCCUACCCGGCUUUCGUUACGCGUCCAUUCUUCUACGACACCCCAGCACGGAUGCAGAGUUUCAGGCUAAAGUGGUCACAACACUUUUGAAGGCGGGACAACAUAUACACGCCACACGGAAAACUUGUUCGGAUUCUGUUCCAUCGCGAGCACAGCUGUUGAAGAGGUUUAUACGUCAUUUUUCACAUCUACACAACCGGUUCCCCGCUCUGCGAACCGAUCUCGCAACGCUGGAAUUGUUCCUUCAGCUCUUGGAUAGGCAUCAGCUGUGGAUAAAGGCCGAAACUCUUUGGAACAUGCUUCGGGUCGUUGGACAGCAUUUUGGAAAGCAAGACUCGCGCCUGGUCGAUGUCAUUUGCGCUUUCGAAAAGAUUUUCGAGAACAGAGGAGAAGUCUCCUCCGCACAAGAACUGCGUCGGCUCAUUAACAAACUUCAGCAUUCACAACAUGUCACGUAG